UAACACCUGGAAUUGCACUCACGGAGAUAAUGUGCCCUCUGCUCCCUUAAGAGCCGCCUCUGUCCCUAAGUCUCCCUGCGGGAGAGCUGCCUGUGGCCGGCGGGCCUCUGAGGUGCGGGCGGCUUGGCCACUGGCUAGCACAGACAGCAGGCGCCGCCUCCACCUCUGUUUACUUGUUGCCCCAGGAGAUGCUCCGCGUCCCGGGCUGCGCGCACCGCAGUGCUCCGGCUUCCUGGGUCCCAGCAACAUCCCCGGCCCCGGACAGCAUGAGCCACAGCAGUUCCUCGGGGUCCCUCAGGCCCGAGCGCCCCCGCGACGCCUCCUCGCCAGAGGAGACGGCCGAUCAUCCCCCAGAAGUCCGAGCUACCCAGGAACAGCUGAACCACUACCGGAAUGUGGCAGAAAAUGUCCAAAGUGAACUUGCAGCAACUUUGGUCAAAUUUGAAUGCGCUCAGUCUGAGCUUCGAGAACUCCGCUCUAAGGUGCUUUCUAAAGAAGUCUGCUGUCAGGAGCUGAAGGCCGAGAUGGAGAGCUAUAAAGAAAACAGUGCCAGAAAGUCGUCUCUCCUCACCUCUCUGAGGGGCAGAGUGCAAGAGCUGCAAGAAGAAUCAGCAACGUUUUCUGCUUAUAAGAUCAGAGCAGAGAGCUCUGCGCACGCCGUGAGGAAGGAGAACCAGGAACUCAUGAAGAAGGUUCUAGAACUGGAGGAGAAAUUACAAAACUGUUCAAAGGAAAAUGAAGAGUCUAAGAAACAAGGCUUGGAGAAUCUCCGGAAACAUGAGGAAAUUUGGACUCAGCUUUGUGAAUUCUUGAGUCUAGACACGAAGCAUGAGGAGACAUCGGAUAAAGAUUUAAUUUUAAAGUUUAGAGAGCUGUGCGAGGAAAACACAUCUCUGAAAGCACAAGUCAUUAGUCUUGAAGAGACAAUAAAUGUCCAUGAGAUGGAGGCAAAAGCUAACAGAGAAACCAUCGUGAGGCUGGCGGCCGAAGUCAGCAGGGAGCAGGAAAGAGCUGCCUCCUUGGCCAAGGAGAGAGAGCAGCUGAAUCAGGACGUGCUCAGCGCUGUGGAGGAGAGAACAGCUCUAGAGAGAAAAGCUAAGCUCUUCCAAGAACGGCUGCUUGCCGUGCAGCGGGCCUGGGAUGCUUCAAAGCAGGAGCUCAGCCAGCUGAGGAAGAGCUGCCAGCAGCUGGACCUGAGCGUGAAGGCCAGCCGGGAGGCCGCCGCGGCCUCGCAGAGCCAGAACUCCUGCUUCCGGGAGAAACUCGCAGCGCUUCUUAGCGGCAGAUUCGACAUACCCGAGCCCACAGAGGAUGCCUUAUUGGCGAGGGUUCGUGAGCUCGGCAUCCAGGAAGAGAGCCAGAAGAGGAUGGUCUCCCAGCUUGAAGUCCGGGUCUCAGAGCUUGUCGAGCAGUUGGGAAAAGAAUCCGAGGUUCACCAGAAAGCCCGACAGAGGGCUCACGAGGCGGAAGAGAAGCUGGAGACCCUUCAGCACCAGCUGAGUCACCUGGAGGGAGAGCUGCUCUCGGGAGACAUCUCAAGAGACAACUUGAGUCUUGAGAAGCAAAAAUAUCUGAAGUUUCUGGACCAGCUUUCAGAGAAAAUGAAAUUGGGCCACGUGGUUGCUGAACUUGGCUUUGACAUGCGUCUGGACGUACUUUUAGCUCGCAUAGAGCAGUUGGUCCACCUCGAAUCCAGUGCUGUCAUUGAAAACAAGACCAUUGCUCGCAACUUACAGAGAAAGCUAAAGACUCAGAAAGAAAGACUGGAGAGCAAAGAAGUACACAUGAACCUCCUUCGGCAGAAAAUUGCCCAGCUGCAGCAGGAGAAACAGGCACGCUCAGCUUUGGCGGUGGAAAAGGAUGAAGCCCAUCUCGCCGUCAGGAAGCUGGAAAAGAAAGUGGAGAGGAUGCAGAAGGAGCUGAGUGCUUGUCGGGAGCACAACGCUGAGCUCAAAGCCAAACUGGCGGACACCAGUGACCUCAAGAUUAAAACUUUGGAGCAGACCAAAGCCAUUGAAGACUUAAACAAAUCCCGAGACGAGUUGGAGAAAAUGAAGGAGCAAGUGGAGAAAAAGCUUAUGUCGGUCAAGUCAGAGCUGGAUAAUACUGAGGAGGAGGCUAAGGCAUACAAGGAAAGGGCCAGGGCCAUGAUCGAGGUGGCAGUCUUCGAACUGAAUACCAUGAGGAAGUCUCUGGAUGAAGCCGAGCGGAGGGAACAGCAGCUGGUGGACUUCCGGGAGGCGGUUUCCAGUUUGCUGGGCUUGAACACGACCUCUCUCGUGAUUCCUGACUGUGACAUCAUCAAAUGUCUAGAAAGACUGAUCCACCACCAUCACUUUGUUCCCUGUGCCUGCCUCACAGAUGUGAGUGCUGAGCAAGGCUCACAGUGCCAUCCAGAACUUCUGCACUGAGGGAGGAACCGAGAGACAGGGUAUAAUCCUCAAGUUGGGUAGUUUACAGAUUCCUAGUAUUUUUGAAAUCUGACUGGAGUGUGACUGUUAUAAUAUUAUGAUGACUUAGUGAGAGUAGAUCACGGGCAAAGAAGGUUUCCUUAAGGGCCAUGGCAAAGGCCGGAGAGAUGGCUCAGCAGGUAAAGGCGCUUGCUACCAAGCCUGACAACCCGAGUUCAGUUCCUGGGACUUCCAUGGCAGAAGGAGAGAGCUGACUUCUGCAAGCUGCCCUCUGCCUACUACGCAGGCUGUUACCUAAGUGUACACACACACAUACAUACACACACUGUUCCUCUCUCACACACACAUACACACACUCACUCUCUUACCCACAAAAGAAAUCAAUGUAAAAAAGGUGCCAGUCCCAGAGGAAUACUAAGCACUAAAACUAUCUGUACUUGGUUAGUUAGCACAUCGAGACCCACGGGAAUCCCCUGGGUCAUGCCUGCAUUGGCACCGAUGAGCACACAGUGCAGAACGGCCAAGCUGGAACGUUACUGGCAACUUUAAAGCUCAAGAUAAUCAUGUGAAGAAGUUUUCUGAAAAAUGUUAUUUAAAGUUACAUUUGUGUGUUUGUGUGUGCGCAGGUGCCAACAAAGCCCACAAGAGGUAGUCAGGGCCCUUGGAACUGGAGUUACAGGCAGUGUAAAGCACUUGAUGUGAGACUUGUUGGGUGCUGGGAGCUGAACUCGGUCCUCUGCAAGAGCAGCAAGUGCUGUUAACCACUGAGCCAUCUGUCCAGCCCACAGAAAACCUUCUCUCUCUCCAUGUACAUAAAAUCUGACACAUAAUAAUUGUGCCUGUUUAUAGAUUUCUGGGUGACAUUCCAAUCCAUGCAGACAAAGUGUAGCCAUGAGAUCAGGGUAACAUGGUGAAGUCUGAGCACAUUUAUUUACACGCUUUCCAGGGCCCAGAGACAGUUGUGCUAACACGUGUUCUACAUGGUUAGUGUGGGAGCCAGGAUGUACGAGGCAGAGGCUGUGCUUCUUAGAGCUCAGCCUCAGAUUCUCCGCAGUUUUGAGGCUACGAGGAUUCCCUGGCAAAAAGGAAGGAAGGCUAGCCUGCAGUCCAGUCAGGACAAGUCUAAAGGUGACAGAGUUUAAAAAGUGACUUAGUUGAAAGCUCUGACAGGUCUGAGAUGAUAAAAACGUGCCUGCUUUUACUAACACUCCCAGGUCACUCUAAGUGCUGGCUUUGAAAGUUUGGACAGGGCUAACUUCAGUUCUUUACAUUUAAAGUGUCUUGUAUGAGCCCAGUCUGACAGGUGAAUAAAUCCUCUUCAAUUUUAUUCGCAGCACACCAAAUACGCUUAACAGCACUUUUCAUGCCUGAGUUUAUUACAGAGUAGUCUCUCCCUUCUUUCAAAAUUUCUGUUGGACAAAUAUGUUUCAGAAAACUAUAUUCUUAGCACCACUGAGAGCAUUUUCUGUUGGACAGUUUAUCUGAUUUUACAUAUAUGAAAUACAGUAUAGAAGGCCCUGGAGGGGACAAGAAGGCCAACAGAGUCAACCCAAUUAGACCUGUGGGGCCUCCCAGAGAUGGAAGCACAAACCAAGGACCAUAAAUGGACUGGACCUAGGCCCCCUACACAUAUGUGACUAAUGGGCAGCUUAUUCUUCAUGUGGGUUCCCUAGUAAGUUGAGCAGGUGCUGUCUAUGACAUGGACUCUGUUGUCUGCGUUUCAAUCACUUCCUUCUAAUGGGGCUGCCUUGCCUGGCCUCAGUGGAUGAGGACGAGCUCAGUCCUGAUGUGACUUGAUGUGCUGGGGUGGGUUGGGGGGCUUCCCUUUUUCUGAGGAGGGGGGAGGGUAAUAGAAGGAAGAAGGUGGGAGGGUGGGACUGGGAGGAGAGGAGGGAGGGGGCUACAAUCAGGAUGUAAAAUGAAUAUAUAAAUUUAAAAAAAUAAACAUUUCUAAAUUGUC